AUGUUACAUCCCAGCAUUUCAAAACAACAUGCUGCUCUACAAUUCAGAUUUACUAAGGGGAAGGAGCGAUUAUAUGUUAUUGAUCUCGAAUCGACCAAUGGAACUUAUCUCAAUGGAAACAAAAUUGAGACCCGGAGGUACUACGAGCUUCGUGAAAGGGAUGUCUUAAAAUUUGGCUACUCCUCUCGUGAAUAUGUUGUCAUGCUAGAUACAGCUGGCUCUGAGGAAGAAGAUGAUGUCAAGUAA